AUGGGUACCAACACUGCAAAUGAAGACUUGGCUCAAGAUCCAACUACUUUGAGAUUCCUUAACGCAGCGAUUCUGGGGAAAUCUCAGCCAGAUGUAGUAAAUGAAGACACAGGCACUGAAGGUUUGAUGAUCUCUCCUGACUCAUCUCUCGAAAAUUCUCAUGGCGUUGUACACGUUCCUAUUGGAGACCCAUACGGUCAUAUGAGUCAGCUGAGUCACUCUGCAAUUGAUCUAAUGUUAUGGCUUCACCACGCCAAUGUGGACCGUCAUUUUAUUAUCUGGCAAGCGAUCUACCUCAACGUCUGGAUGCUUCCAGAACCUGACUUCAUCUGUACUGUUACAAUCGCCCCGGGUGACAGCGAUACUUCUGUGUCACCUUUGACCCCGUUCUACCAACCUAAUAGGGAGGCACCCUGGACAUCGGAUGCUGCUCGCUACACUAAUACUUUUGGAUAUUCGUAUGCUUUAGUUCCCGGUGCGAUCAUUACAAACGCAACUCAGCUUUCUGCUAAUGUCACUGCAUCUGUGAAUGCAUUCCACGGUCCCGAGGGAGUCUUCAGCGGUUCUAAGAGGAGGAUGGAUGAGAACAGAGAAUGCUUCCUUUUAUGUGUUGGCCCUCCUGUUGCCGGUGGAGAAAUCCCUCCAGGGUUGACUUACCACAAUUUAUUCGCAUCGGUAGACGCCGUCAAAGCAGUGGACACCUUUAAUAUCAACGAUUAA